AUGGGCCUGCUCGCGGUCGUUCUCGACAGCCUCUGCGAGCGCUGCUCGAACACGUCAAUUCUAGUACUUCUGGGGAUCGGACUGUCAUCCCUGCUGGCUGUCUCCGUCAUUCUCAAUGUACUAAGACAGUUGUUAUUCAAGAACCCCAAUGAGCCCCCUCUGGUGUUUCACUGGUUUCCAUUCAUAGGUAGCACAAUUAGCUAUGGCAUGGAUCCUUAUAAAUUCUUCUUCGACUGUCGCGCAAAGUACGGCGAUAUCUUCACCUUCAUUCUUCUCGGCAAAAAGACAACAGUUUAUCUGGGAACCAGGGGCAAUGAUUUCAUUUUAAACGGAAAGCUACGUGAUGUCUGUGCUGAAGAAGUUUACUCCCCACUUACAACCCCUGUCUUUGGGCGUAACGUGGUGUAUGAUUGUCCCAAUGCCAAACUUAUGGAGCAGAAGAAGUUUGUCAAAUUCGGUCUCACAUCAGAUGCCCUGCGUUCGUACGUUCGUUUGAUUACCAACGAGGUAGAUGACUUUGUCGAGCAUUCUGCGGCUUUCCAGGGAUCAAGUGGCGUUUUUGACGUCUGCAAGACCAUCGCAGAGAUUACCAUCUACACUGCGUCACGUUCUCUUCAAGGAAAGGAAGUCCGCAGUCGGUUUGAUUCUACUUUCGCCGAACUAUACCAUGAUCUUGACAUGGGGUUUGCUCCUAUCAACUUCAUGCUCCCUUGGGCACCCCUUCCUCACAACCGGAAACGUGAUGCUGCACAGAAAAAGAUGACCGAAACCUAUAUGGAGAUUGUCAAAGAACGCCGAACGGGUGGAAACAAGAAGGAUUCUGAGGAUAUGGUCUGGAACCUCAUGUCCUGCGUAUACAAAGAUGGCACUCCUGUUCCAGACGAGGAAAUCGCACACAUGAUGAUUGCCUUGCUUAUGGCUGGCCAGCAUUCUUCUUCAUCGACAGCUUCAUGGAUAGUUUUGCACCUUGCAAGAAAUCCAGAAAUCAUGGAAGAGUUAUAUGCCGAACAGAUCCGUGUGCUUGGGUCAGAUCUUCCACCUCUUACUUAUGAAAAUUUGCAGAAGCUUGACUUGCACGCUAAGGUCAUCAAAGAGACACUACGAAUUCACGCGCCGAUCCAUUCAAUCAUCCGCGCAGUCAAAAACCCAAUGCCUGUGGAUGGCACGCCAUAUGUUAUCCCAACCAGUCACAAUGUCCUUUCAUCGCCUGGUGUUACCGCAAGAUCAGAGGAAUAUUUCCCUAACCCUCUCAAAUGGGAUCCUCACCGCUGGGAUGAGACUAUUGCAGCCAAUGCGAAAGAAGAAGAUCAAAUUGAUUAUGGAUAUGGUCUUGUCAGCAAAGGCACUAAUAGCCCCUACCUUCCAUUUGGUGCAGGACGUCACAGAUGCAUUGGUGAACAAUUCGCCUACGUGCAACUUGGUGCAAUUACCGCGGCUUUGGUGAGGUUAUUCAAAUUCCGCAACCUGCCAAACGUCAAGGAUAUUCCGGAAACAGACUACUCGUCUCUCUUCUCCAAGCCUGCUGGCAAGUCUAUCAUUCAAUUUGAGAAGCGCGCUACCACCGUUAAAUCAUAA